GUUGUGAAGGAAUCACAGGUGGAUGAGAAUAGAUUGGUGACCGGGUCCGCUGAGUCCGCAGCACUCAGACUACGUGUUCCUCUGCAGCAGGUGCAGGCCCAGCAGUCACCAUUUCUGAUCAUUUUCACAUGGAUUCUGAUGGCAGUGACUCUUCAGACUCAGAGUCUGGUCUCCUGUUGGGCUUUCUGGACACUCUGGACCCAGAGAUGUUUCUUAAAUAUGCUGAUUCAGAGUCAAUGUGCCUGGAAAAGCUGGAGGAAGAGAUCUGUGGAGAAACAAAUUCCAUACCAGCCUCCCCCUCUCCCUCUUUGGGGUCCCCAUCAGCUAAGCUGGAGGCCAUUAAUGAACUCAUAAGGUUUGAUCAUGUGUACACCAAGCCCCUGAUACUGGAGAUUCCCGUUAAAAUGGGCAACCAAACCAAUAUGCUUGUGAAAAUUGAGGAGGUAUCUCUCUCUCCAUCUGAAGACAAAGCUAUCCCCAAGAUCCCAGUGUCUGUGAAAGAGGAACCGGUAGACAGCUUCAUGCCUGAACUGGGCAUCUCUCACUUGCUCUCCUCUCAUCAUAGCCUUGCAGCCUCAAGCUCUCUGUUGGAUGCCUGUAGUGACUCUGGAUAUGAAGGAUCCCUGUCACCCUUCAGUGACCUGUCCUCUCCAUUUGACAGUGACCAUGCUUGGGAGGAUAGCUUUGCUAAUGAACUCUUGCCCCAACUGAUCAGUGUCUAACCCAGUAGUGUUAACUCCCCUUGGACAAACAGGAUUAACAGAAUGUGUCCCUGUGGGGUGGGGGGAUGG